AUGGGAAGUCGCAUGAGCUGUUCGUGCCAGGACGCGUACUGCGGUGGAGUAGACGAACGACGGAUCCGGAUUAACGCCGAACUCUUCGAGCUUUCACCCGAUGGGACAAAAUGGCUGAUGGUUGACAGUCGCAUUAUGUACAUUUCUGUCUAUCGUAACGAGCUGGAUCGAGUUCGAAUCACCGCCGUCUCGCAAACAGGCCGAACAAUGCUCGACACAACACUUGGCAAAGAUCAAAAAGUCGAGAAGAUCAGCGACUGCUUCGUGUUCUGGCGGAAUCAUGAUGGCCGAACAUUAGGUGUAAACACAUUGACACCCAGAGAUGCUAUGCUUUUCGUCACGCACACUUCACCAUCCUCUUCUUCGACAACGACCAUGGUUCAACACAACAUCAUGGCACAGGUGUCAAUACUUGCAUCAUGGGAUGGUACGGGAAUUCGACUGAAAACCAAGCAGCAAGAGACUACAAUGGUAUCCGUUAACCCCUUGAGCAUGGUCUUUCAUCUUAACCACGGGCUUAUCAACGUCGAUCUGGUGCUGAACAUGUCCUCUCUUCUGCUAGCUCGUACCACAUGCACCGAUGUCGCCAUCACCUUCCUGAAUCGACAACAUCAAAAGCAGCUCGAUAAGCUCGUGCAGCUGAAUGCAAAUGGCAACGGUGGUGAUCCGAUGGCAAGGGAGAAAGUGCUGCUCAAGGACUUUGCUGUGAUGAGUCGUCUAUGUGCACUGACCAAUAAACCACUACCUACGAUACAGGUUUGA